AUGGUGACCAGUAAAGUGAUGUGCUUGGUAGCCCUCGCCUUAUUCGGAAGUGUAGUGGCUCAGCCUGCAAAACAUGAAUUCUGGAAAGGAACUCCCAUGGAUGGCAUGGUUGAGGAGAUGAGGUCAGGCUGCGUAGAAGGAUCUGACCCAGCCGCCUGCAUCAAGUACAAGGUUAUGUCGUUACUGGACACCAUUUUUAAGAAGGAUACUUUCCAGAUCUCAGAAGCUGUUGAAGUGACGAAAAAUGGAGCCGCCAAUGAGGUCACCGGCCGUUCUGCUGGCGACUUCUUCGACAGCAUCGAGAACUUCAUCCAGUCCCACGACGUCUCUUUCCAGUUACCUCUAGCUGACACUAAAAUCACUGUAAGCCCCAGAAACCUGGACCAGGACGAGUUGAACUUGAAUAUCAAAUUCAACAAAGAUGGUGCCCGUUCCGUAGGAGAGGCUCGUAAAGCUAAGCUAAAGAAGAUCAUCGUGCCAAUUCUUGUAUUCGUGCUUCUGAAGGCGAUGACCCUUAUCCCUCUGGCUAUUGGUGUCCUUGGAUUGAAGGCCUGGAACGCUCUGCAGCUGUCCUUCUUCUCUUUUGUGGUGUCCGUCGCACUGGCCAUCUUCCAACUUUGCAAGAAGUUUACCCAGAUUGCGGCCGACAACUCCCACCCUCAGAUCGCAGCUCACGGCCCGUGGGACGCCGCUUUCGCCGCCACCCGCCGUAGGAGAGACGCCGAACCCCAGGAACUUGGUCAAGAGAUCGCUCAAGAACUCGCUUACAACGCCUACCAAUAAAUCAUAACUAUACUCCGCUCAACGACUAUGAACCCGAACCGUUCGAAAUCACUAGUAUUCUAAAUUUAGAAAUGAAUUUGGAAUGGUAGUUUCACGAUCGGAAAUAGACCAAAAACUAUUAGUUUCACAACGAAACUAUG